AAUCUAAUUUGUUUUGCUUUCCAGGCAUCCUUUCUUACGAAGAAGCUAAAUAUUGGUGGGAAAAGAGUAAACCUUGCAAUAUGGGAUACAGCUGGUCAAGAAAGAUUUCAUGCAUUGGGGCCGAUCUACUACAGGGAUUCUAAUGGCGCUAUUCUAGUAUAUGAUAUAACAGAUGAAGACUCUUUUCAAAAGGUAAAAAACUGGGUUAAGGAAUUAAGAAAAAUGUUGGGAAAUGAAAUCUGUUUAUGUAUAGUAGGUAACAAAAUAGACUUGGAAAAAGAGAGACAUGUUUCAGUGCAAGAAGCAGAAACGUAUGCUGAAUCUGUUGGAGCAAAACAUUAUCAUACUUCAGCUAAACAGAACAAAGGAAUUGAAGAACUGUUUCUUGACCUUUGUAAAAGAAUGAUAGAAACUGCUCAAGUGGAUGAAAGAGCAAGAGGCAAUGGUUCCAGUCAGUCAGGAAUAGCAAGGCGAGGUGUACAGAUCAUUGACGAUGAGCCACAAGUACAGAGCAGUGGAGGGUGCUGUUCUUCUGGAUAAUUAUAAAACUGUGCAUCACUGCCCUCUCGAUAUGAAGACUGCCAUAUUCCAAGUCACGCAUUCUUUACCAAUGGAGUAAUAGAAUUAACAGUAUUUAAAAAUAAUCACAUGUAAUACUGCAGAGACCUUAAGUGCUAAACUAGUGGCGUCUGUGACCAGAGAAUUGGCAUUUUCUACAGUGGUUAACAAAGCAAUUACCAAUGGCCUUUUUACAUAUUUUUCUUUAAUGAGGAAUAAUAUGCAUGUAGAAAAGACCUACUUAAAGGCUUCAUUUAUAUUCUUUUAAAUCAGAUCAUUAUUUAAUAACUUAUAUACAUUGUUGUUGGAAUGGUAUACAUUUUUGCAGCUCUUUGUAUUUUGUGGUAGAUUGAAUUGUAUCACUUCUAAAAUGCAAAUUGAUUUUUUUUUUUUUUUAAAUCAAUUUAUGAAGUAAUAUUUUUGCAGGGCCUCCACAAGCCUAUAACUGUCAACUACUUUGAUAUAUUCUGUUCAUCCUGUAUGCCAAGCUGGUAAAAUACAUUGUAAAUUACAUAUUAAAUAUUUUAUCUGCUUUUACAAUUGCAGGUGCAGAAAUAUGUACAUCAGUCUUGUCAGUGGUUGUGAAGUGAAUAAGUCAGUGAAAGAUGCAAGCUUUUCAUGUGUACUGUUGAAUUGCUCAUUCUAUUCCCCCUACCUGAAAAGAGCUUUUUUUUUUUUGUUUGGUACAUUCAUAGCUACAGCAUUUUUUAAGCAUUUUCUGGCAAGCAGCAGUAUUUAGAGUACCCCUUCAGUGGGAAGAGAACAUUUCCUUAGACUGCUGUUUCACAUUGAGGUGUUUGACUCCCAACUAAAACAGUUGGCACAUGUGUAUGUUUUGCCUCUGUAGUUACUUUGGCCGCUUGGAAUAUUGCCAGAAAAUCAAAGCAACUUUAGUCCUCAUAUAUCUGGUAGCCAGAAGACCAGAUGCAUGGGAAACUCUUAAGCUGCAUUAAUAUAUUUGUGUCCCAAGACAGCAUUAUAAACUAUUAAUGAGUAUAAUUUUUCUCCCCUGUAUUGCAGGGCUUGAGUGAACAAAUCAAUUGGCAUUAACUAGAAGUGCUUCUGGUUUGGAGUGAUUAAAUGGAAGCUAUGAAACUUGCCAGAUGUAAUUUUGGGGAUACUAGACAGAACUGAACUUACUCCUGACUUUCUCUUGUAAAGUGUUUUGAAGCCCACAUAAGGUUUGGAAGGAGGGUUUUCAGAAAAAGUGUAUAAACUACUAUCACAAAGGAACGGAAAUGGUGGUAGCUGAAACUUCAACAUGUUCUGUGCUCUGAUUUUUUAUUUUUUUUUUUUUACUUAAGUUGUCAUGCUUGGAAAAACAGUAAAGGUGAUGUCUAUGACAGAAUAUUCCUUGGCCUUCCUUUUUCUGAAGGGUAGUAUUAGUAUUGCAUAUGAAUGCAUUGAAUGGUGUGGUAUGCCCAAAAGGAGUAGUAGUGACUAAGCAGUCGAAGAGAAGUUUGCAGUCUUCAAUCUGAUUUUUAUUUUCUCUGAAAUAGAUGGCUUUGAGGCAGACUGGCCCUGGUGCAUUUUUUCCCUUUCUGUGUAAACUGUGGUAUAGAUACUUUCUCUUAAGCUAUCAUUGCUCUGCUUUUCUGACACGAUUGUAUGCAUGAUGGACAAAGGUCAUCUGUUCGUACUGAUGCAGAUAAAGUUUAUUGACUGCACAGAGUUAUGAUGUGAAUCUAAAAUCCAUGAUUAUAUAUUUGUGUGUAUAUAUAGCAACACCAUUAAGUUAACAUUAUGAUAUUUAACUUAACGGUGAGCUUUGACAGAUCAGGUCAGUUUGAUCUUAACCCAGUACCUUCAAAUGCAUAUAGUUAGAUGAAAAUCAGUCUUGUAAGUGAUACAAUAUUGAUAUGAGGAGUAAAAUUGGCAAGACCCUGUUUAAGACGGGAAUCCCCUCAUAAUAGGAGUUCCAGAUUCUUUGAUUCAAAUUCAUUUUUUGUGGAGAUGGGAAAAAAACCAACCAAACAAUCCAACCUCAAAUAGACUUGAGAAGCAGAUGAGUCAUGAGUGUUUACCUACACCAGAGCAUAAGCGUUCUCUCAAGCAGAGCUUUCUGUAUUCUGUUGAAGUGGACAGAUGCAAUUCUCUCUGAAAAUACUAGGUGUUCACCCAAGAGAAUGUUAUGUUUGACUACUUUGAAGUAGAAGCAGUGUGUAGAAUGUAUCUUUCUGCCUGCACCUAAAGAGUUUUUCUUUGUUUAGUCUAUGGUAGGGGCAUUAUGUGUGGCUUCCGUCUAUUACAAAACUUACAAAGCCAUGUUGAUACUAACUGUUAAGUCUCUUCCAAAACUAAAACUAUUACAAUUGAAAACUUUGGUGUUAAGGAAGCCUGCAGUUUUGUAUGAUUACAAAGGUUCUGGUUGCUAUUAACAAAAUACUUUCUAAAAUAAAUCCAGAAAUUACUUUUCUUGCUUAAGCUACAGCAUGAAAACUACUCUCUGGAAACCUUCCUGUCUAAGAUGCAAUUUGGUUGGACUUUAUGGAAUUUAAAGCCUUAAAACCUUUAAAUAAAUACUCCUUAGCAGGGUAUCAUUAUAUUACCUUACAAAAGUAUAGCUUCAUGAAGUCAGUGAAGUUGGUUUCCAAGACAGAAGCAAAAGUAUGGGUUGUUUAGACUGAUUAAGAUUUCAACUGUUCAUUGUUAAACAAAAUACACCAGUUCCAGGAAAAAGCAUCUUUACUGAAGAUAGCUAGUGUUCUUUGCAUUAAAUAUAUAGGAAAGCACAGGUUUACUAUAUUUGAGCAGAAUCUUACUCAAGUAACCUCGUAUUACUACUGUGUGGCUUGGUUUUCAAGAGUCUUGCAUUUGCUGGAAUCUAGCUGGAUUGCCUGGCUUGUAUGUCUUAAUGAAAACUUUUCUUGUUGUUAACUUCUGUUGCUGAAAACAAGUAAGUUAUUUUUCUUUCUUCUGAGAAGAGUUCAAGAGAACAACUUUGUCUGUCUUUAGAAAGUACUUGUAUUGUGGGAUAGGUAGAACCAAGAAUACACCUGCUACAGCACGUAAGUCAUUGAGCAUACUUCCUUGGAGUAAAUCUUGACAAAGAUUACACGUAUACUAUAAUAAUAAAGGUCUAACUUACUACAAAUACCUUUCUAAAUCAACUUUACUUGCUCACAGUCUUGCUGCUGCUAUGAUUACUUGAGCUACCUAUGAAACUUGAUCACUUACUGAAAUAAAAUCUAACAAACCAAAGUCCAAAUGCUUUAAUGCAGCAGUAUAUAUCUCUGUUAAGAGUUAUUUUUGGACACUGUCUUAUUGCAUUUAGACUAUAGUUCAGAAGUUAUGAAAAAGCAAAUGGACUGAUUCAGACAGGAGCACAUUAAUACAUUCAAAUGUGUAGUACUUGGAGAUGAGUGUACCUAGCUGUAAAUAUUGGGGGUAAUGACUUCAUCUGGUUUGCAGUGAACUUGCAUAAGGUUCCAAGAUGGGGUCAUCCAAUGUUUGUAUGAACUGUAUUGGCUGGUCUCUUGAAGCAGUCAAGUAAUUAACUGUUGCCUUGAUUACAUGCUUUUUUUAGUGUUCACAUGUUGUCAACAGGCAUUCUUACUACCACAUUAAAAAGUACACCUUAGCCCUUUUUAUCCUGCCACUUUUAUUCUAGGUGUUUAACUUGUAUCUCUGCCUACAGCGAACCUAGUAAUUCAAUUUCUACUUCAGAUUCCAAGCCAGAUGAAAGAAGUUAUGAGGUCAUGGAAGGUGUUUGGAGCUCAAAUGGAGUUCUCUAAAAUGUUGAAUGCUGUCAGAAAAAGCAGUUUAAAGAAGGUGAGAGAAAUGGGAGUUCUGCUUCAGGACAAAUAAGGUCAGGGAUCUCCACUAACUGAAAGCAGUUAAGUGUUAUGAAAAGUAGAGUAUGGGAAUAAGAGUUGGAGCCAGCCACCUCUUAUUUUUGAUGCUUUUUGUGAAAGGAGAAGUAGUAGAAAAAUGCAAGUGGGAAGAACUGAAGGUGCUGCUAGUGGGCUGCUGAGUGAGGUGUUGAGUUAACCAUUUCUUGGUGGAGUUGCUAACAUGUCCUUUUGGCAGUGGUAGUUGCCUAAUUCAGGACUUUCCUAAGGUUACUUCCUAGGUUGUUUUUACUUACAUGAAGUACCACUUUUGCUUCACUAAAGAUAAUAGAACUAACUGAACAGGCUGUCAGACACAAUAUUAACAUACUUAAAACUUGAUUAGAAGAUGCUAACUGGUGAGCUAUUUACAGUUAACUGACUUAAUUUGCAUCAAAUGUUAGGAAUUUUUUUCCUGACAAGUCAGGAAAACGUAUCUUGCAGUGAGAAUAACUUUUUUUACAGUUGUAUCAAGAAGCUGCAGAUGAAGACUGAGGUCCUUGGCUCUAGCUGCUGCAUAAGCUCAACAAAGACAACCCUAAAACUAACUUUCUUUUAAUGGUGCUGAGCACUUGCUCAUGCUACUCUUAGGGGAAUUCUGCUCAACACCAGCAUUUUUCCUUUAUUUACAACAAAGUUGUGCAUCUUGGUGAUGUAGCCCUUUGAGUUUAGGCUUUUUCUACCAGAUAACCAUGUAUACUCAUUCCUCUUGCAUUUGUGGAGCUGUCAUUGCCCACUCUGUUGAGCAGAAUGAGAUGGAGAAACUGUUUUGAGAGUUGUGGAGAAUCUGGAGUGUUUCUUGUCUUGAAAUGGCUUGAAAAGUGAGACUCUAUCAAACUGUCACCAUUAUGACAAAGGUAUUAGUCUAUCCAAGAUAACUGAAAAUAUUUUGGCUUGGAGAAAGUUUUAUUACAAAAAUGAUAAAUUGCUUUAUUUCCAAAAUCAAAAUUUGUUUCAAGCUGUUCUCUUUCAAUUCUUAAUUUUUUUCCAAGACAUAAGUUUACCAAACUUGGCCAAAACCUUCAAUUGACUGCUGUGUUUUACAGCCCUAAAAUAAUGUCUAUGACUGUAUUGAGGAGUUGUGUACUCAUUCACAUUCCACUGGACAGUUUGGAGCUUUGAUUGUAUUUAUUCAAUACCAGGAUGUUGAAAGAUAGACUGUAAAAAUAAUUGUUUCCAUCUAUUUCCACUCCUUUGUGUACUUGGGCAAGCAGCAUGACCUGAUGCAGCUGCAGAGUGAAUGUGAAAAGAGGGCUUCUGUCCCUCUCUUCCUGUUUAUUGGCUGCACUCGUCAUUUUAAUGAAUUACUAUUACAGGAAACAUACGUGUUCUCUUCUUGCUUCUCUAGCUUUUCUAGACAGUGACAGGUACUAUAGCAGUAAUACCCAGUUCUCCUCAGUUUGAGAACGUUGUUUGUUUUUUUUUUUCAAGAGGAGCUAAUUUCUCAGCAAAUCUUUCUUUUUUCAGUGUAUCUAGUCUCACUGAUAUCUUGCAAGGGGUAUUAAUACUUCAUGGUAGGUCACCCAGAAGCAAUGCAAUUUGAAAAUACGACAACAAAGAAUAGUGAGUAGCAGUAUUGCAGCAGUCUCCCUAGCAAUUGUGUUAUCCUGCCUCUAGACCAGUGAACACAGAAUACUGGAAGUUUAAUGGUGAGUCCUUGUUAUCUGACUCCUGACUCUUGAAUAUUGGGUUUAGAAGAAAUCCAGGUUGAGAUGAUUGGAGAGAGCAAGAACUACUUUCUCAUCUGUUGCCAAGUAGUUGAAAUUUUGUGACGCAUCCAAACUCACGUAACAGAUAUCUUUUGAGCUGCUGAAACUGUUUUAUUGCAGACUCCUUCAAGCUAUCACUCCAUUCUGGAAAGGUCAGCAAAUUUGGGAUUCACAUUGGAAGAGAACAAGUAGUUUCUCUUUUUCAAAACAGGAAACUUAAACUGCCUUAUCAGGCUUUUCUUAAUGGAAAGAGAAUAGGAAAGCACUUGUAUACAUAAAGAUUUAAGUGUUGUCAGUGCUAUUUGAUCAUUGUAGUGAUUGUUUUACUGGAUUUUUCUCAUCAGAUAAGAUCACUGAGCUUAUCGGGCUCAGUAAAAUAGAAUACUUUUCUUUGAACCAAGAGAAUAUGUUAGCAGGGCAAAAGUCAACACUGAAAAGGACACAGCAUUUUUAAUUUCUGUUAACUUGGUGUUGUCAAAUUUUGUAGGAAUAUGCUACUUGGCAUUUAUGGAUAAAUUUUUGAAAAAAAAAUAAAUUUAAAAGAGUAUUUAGCAGAGGCUUCACAAACCUUAAAUUUCCCAGUGCAUUGCUGCAGCUGGAGUUCUUAAAUAUGUCUUAAAACUAUUGUAUAUACCAGUGCUUUUACACGAAGAUAGUUCUGGGAUAAAUUAAUUCCAAAUGAUCAAUCAGCUAGGGAAACAGAGCUUUAGUAUAACUGUUAUUCUACCAGUGCCAAAUAUUAGAAGUGAAAAUGCAUGUAAGUGGGAAUGGAUCAAUAGAAAGGGGAAAAAAUGUGUGCUGAAAAUCAAUACAAGAAAACAGCUGGAAGUUCUUGUUAUUGUCAUAUCUGAAGAUUGUUGUCUUAUAGUUUAGUAAGUCAUAGAAUUUGUAACCUGAUGAAUAGUCUGUAAUAAAGUGACCCUGAAAAUUACUGGAGGUUGGGGGCAGUGGCCUGGCUUACAAAGAGAUUUGGUAAAAACUGAGACUGCAGUAUGUUACAAAUACAGUAACAAAUUUCUGAACCCAUCUGAGUAUGUGAUGAAAGAUGGCUUUAAGAUUUCAAACCAGGCUGAGUGAGCUUGCUCUACAUUAUGCUAGCAUAUACCCUGGAGACAGUAGUAUGAGCAGGAACCCAUCAAAAUGCAGCUUUGAUUCUUAAAACUGUCCAGAACAGUUCAUGAGGAAGGAGCAAUUGCUGUUGAACCACAUUUGCCAGUGUAAUGGUAGCCCCAGGCACGCUGCCUGUAUGCUAAGGGAGCAGCAAAAUGGAAGUCAAACAUGGAACCAAAGCUCAAGGCUGGGAAUUUUCCAGCAAUUAUGUGUUUGUAUCCUACUGAUGUCCUACUUCCACAGUGCAUGUUUGUGUAUACUACUUUAGUGAAAAAUUCUGUUCAGCUGAUGCUGUGGAUUUGAACUGAAUGGACAUUGAAUGAAAACAGCAAGCAACAGAAAAAGCAGGGCAAGAUCAGAGGAGUUUGCAUGGUUCCUGCUUUUGGCUGUUGUUAGCCCUUGCACCUGCCUUUUUAAAAACUCUACCUAUAUCCUACUAUCUUUGUCAGAAAGUAUAUUUUCUAUUUGGCCAAGAAACUAAAAUCUUACAAGCUGUUUAGAGUAAAUAUAGUUCCUUCAAAGAUUUAGUCUUUCCAAAGUUGGUCAGCAUCUCAUUAAAGGGACAACAUUAAAUGGUGAAGAGCAAGUGUGCUGCUUGCAGUUCCACCCUGCAAUCAGAGUCCGAUGGUGAAUUUUCUAAAUAGCAAGAGGCAGCAGAGUAUCCUAUACACCUCUGAUUGCCAGUCUACUCUCACGUUUUGUGAUGUGGAGUAAUUGCAAAACAAUCUUCAACUGUAAGAUGUGCUCAUACUGGUUAUAGAAGUUGGUUUGAGGCUUAAAAUGAUGCUAAAUUGUACUUUGAAGCCUUCAGGGAUGGUCAAGAUUCCUUUCAUUAUGUGAACACCGUUUCUUUUCCAGGGACUUGGGGAUUUUGCCUUGUACAGGAAAUGAAGCGAUCUCUGAAGUGGAUUGUCAUGGUAUGUUAAGAAAAGGAAGGAGGUAUUGUGUUAGUAACCCUGACCCAUCCUUAGCAUUGCUUUUUGCGUGGCUGGAAUGAAAUACAACAUUGACUACCCCCACCAUAAAACAUUUGCUUCAAUAGUUUUCUGCUCUUUCCAGGAAAUGUUCCUGGUGGUGGUGGUGUAAUGCAUAUGUAGAAGUGAUGGGGUUACUACUAUUAGUCUUUGCUUUCUGUGUUCCUAGCUCUGGAAGUACUAGUCUGUGGCAAUCGGCAAACAACAGAUCAGUUUCUGUUUAGUCAUCACUCUCGGAUAGCUUCCAGCUAGUCUCUGUGGAGGCUGAUGCAAUCAUGAAGCUCUUGUUGCCCGAAAAUGUGGAGCACUUCAUGUUGCUCUGCUGCUUUUAUAUUUGAAAAAAUUCCUUGUCCCACUGAAACAAAGCUAUUGUAAACUUGUGAUCAGUUGUACCAACUGUAAUGUUUUCUUAUGACAAAUCUUGUAUGUUUUGGGCUGUUUCAUAUUCUGGGAUUCCAUUAAUACCUAAUAUGCAUAGCUAAAAGAAUACCAGGUUCACAAACAGGAACUCAGAGCUGUGGUCAUGGAUAUACAAAAUGUGACAUAGUGCAAAUACUUGAAGAAAGCUCCUCAUCCAGUGUACUACCUUGAUGUCUUGUUACAUCUCCAUGCCUUCACACUCUAAAUACAAAUAAAUGCUGCUGGGGAAUGGGAUUUCCUUCCUUCUAA